GCACGCUAGCCUGAAUCAAAACAAAAAACAAUAUCACGCAAUAUUUUGAAUGAUUAAAUUUCGAUAAAUCAUGUUUCACGAUAGUUGAAAUUUAUUAUAUGACGUAUAUCUUUAAACUCGAUAAGAAAGCAAAUCUAAUUCCAUUUGAACUUGCUGCGAGUGAUGCGCUUUAAUGAACAAUUACAAUGUUUCGAUUCAGUCAACGAGUCUCGAACCGGUGUUUUGUGUGGUUUACCAAACGGCAAAUAGUUCAGAACAAACUGAAUAUUCCAUGCUAUGUGUCGGUGCGGGGGAAGAAAGAUGAUAAUUCUAGACUGUUUUCGCCAGUUCCGAUUCGUCCAAAUCCCGAUGAUAUCAACGUGGGAGCGGAAUUGACUGGUGGCGUACUGGACAAAGCGGAAAUGCUUAAAAUAAUCCUGCAGUUCAACAACCGGAAGGAGAUCAAAUUCCUCUGCAUGGAAAAUGGGAUUGAUUCAAACCUACAACAGCAAGCGUUCAGCAGUUUUCGACGAUACUGUUUGGAAACCGACUCGUUACCGGCUGACUUGCACGUUGUCCUCAGCGAUAUACUUCAGGGUGCCGGACACGUGGAUGAUAUAUUUCCGUACUUUCUGCGGCACGUGAAGCAAAUUUUUCCACAUUUAGAAUGUAUGGACGAUUUGAAGAAAAUCUCCGAUUUGAGACAACCUGCGAAUUGGUAUCCGAAUGCGAGGGGAAUCAACAGGAAGAUAAUUUUUCAUUCUGGGCCAACCAACUCGGGGAAGACGUAUCACGCUAUGGAACGUUUUCUGGCGGCAAAAUCUGGCGUUUACUGUGGUCCUCUAAAGCUGCUGGCCAGCGAAGUUUAUAACAAAUGCAACCAAAGAGGAACUCCCUGCGAUCUGGUGACCGGUGAGGAGAGGAAAUUUGCCGACCCGAAUGGGAAUCCUUCGAAGCAUGUUGCCUGCACCGUGGAGAUGACUUCGAUCAAUACGCCUUAUGAAGUCGCCGUAAUUGACGAAAUUCAGCUGCUGAGAGAUGUCGGUCGUGGAUGGGCCUGGACGCGGGCUUUACUGGGUCUCAUGGCGGAAGAAAUUCAUGUGUGUGGUGAACCAGGAACACUGGACCUGCUCCAGAAGGUUUGCAAUACCACAUACGAGACACUGGAGGUUCGGAACUAUAAGCGAUUAACCCCAUUACACAUUGAGAGCUAUGCGUUGCAAACGCUGGAUAAUGUCAUGCCUGGCGAUUGUAUUGUAUGUUUCAGCAAGAAUGAUAUCUACACGGUUUCCAGGGAAAUCGAAGCGAGAGGAAAAGAGGUGGCGGUCAUUUACGGUGGAUUACCGCCUGGAACCAAACUGGCUCAGGCAGCAAAAUUCAACGAUCCGGACAACAGUUGUAAGGUUCUCGUCGCCACGGAUGCAAUCGGCAUGGGAUUGAAUUUAAGCAUACGAAGAGUUAUCUUCUAUUCUAUAAUAAAACCAACUGUCAAUCAGAAGGGUGAGAAAGAAAUGGAUGUAAUAUCCGUUUCACAGGCGUUGCAGAUUGCUGGUAGAGCCGGUCGCUAUGGGAUGAAGUGGGACGAAGGAUAUGUAACAACAUUUAAAUCGGAAGAUCUUCCCACACUGAAAAACAUUCUAUCGCAAACACCGGAACCAUUAACACAGGCGGGCCUUCACCCAACAGCGGAUAUGAUUGAGCUCUAUGCGUACCAUCUCCCCAACGCUACUCUGAGUAAUCUCAUGGAUAUAUUUGUUUCGCUUAGUACCGUGGACGAUUCAUUGUACUUCAUGUGCAACACAGAGGAUUUCAAAUUCCUAGCGGAAACAAUUCAGCAUGUGCCACUCCCUCUCAGGGCUCGCUACGUAUUCUGCUGCGCUCCCAUUAAUCGUCAAAUGCCAUUUGUGUGUUCAAUGUUCCUUAAGUAUGCGAGACGUUACAGCAAAAACCAACCGGUGACAUUCGAUUGGUUGUGCAAUCAGUGUGGAUGGCCGUUCCAGUUACCGCGAACGAUCAUCGACUUGGUUCACCUGGAAGCUGUCUUCGAUGUGCUGGAUUUGUAUCUUUGGCUUAGCUAUCGCUUCCCGGAUAUGUUCCCCGAUGAAAGGCUGGUACGAGAUAUUCAGAAAGAACUGGACGACAUCAUUCAGCAGGGUGUGUUCCAGAUUACAAAACUUCUGAAAAACUCGGAAACGGCGGUUUCCUCGAACACUCCGGACGAGGACUCGUUCGUAAUGAGACAGAAAAAGACUAAGUACUACCGGGAGAAUGUGCCCCGGGGGAAAUUGACGGAACGGCUACUUGCUCAGGGCUUGCUAACACCGGCGAUGCUGCAGGAACUAAAGGCUGAGUGGGACCAACAGUCCAGCGACGUUGACGAUGCUACGGGGAAGAAGAAUCGGAGGAAACCAAGAAAACCAAAGUAACAAAAUGCCGAGCUACGUCGUUAAGAGUUGAAUCAGAGAGAUGUACAAGAAAAGCUGUAUUAGGAAAACUUAUUAAAAAAUAAAUAAUUAAAACAUAAAUAAAGAAACAC